AUGGAUUUCUGGGAGAAGGAUGUGGGAAUUUGUGAGAUGAUACCCCAAUUUGGGACUUUUCACGUGCAUGCUGCCUCUCCUCCGCUGCACCCUCUCAUCCCUCGCCCAUCCCCGCACAUCAGCAAUUGUUAUUUCUCAUGCCAUACAUCUGUCUCUUGUCUGGGAUAUCUUUCUACUGUUCUGCCACCUCCAGCACUGUUUAGAUCGGCUUUCCGCACCGGACACGCGCUGCCCAACACCUUGAGGCAAAUCCAUUCUGGGAGCCCGGAUUCUGAAGGAGUGUCACUCGGAAAGGUAUUUUCUGUGCCCGUCAAUGCACCCAGCCAACGCUCACCCCUUCUUCGAUCACCACGGCCAAUUCAAGCAUCUAUACCAAAUGGUAUAGUGCCAAUCACCGCAGGUUAUGUACAUAAGCCUCAAGCCGACAUUACGAUGUCCUAUUACCUCGAAUCUGCCACCAUGUCCGCAUGCAUCUCCUUCGACAAUGACUACAGUGACAUGCCACCACUGGAGGAUAUUUCCUCUGACGAAGAUAGUGACGCUGUCGUCAUCAGCGAGAACAUUGACAACGGCACUCCCGAGGAAGGCGCUAAGCACGCGAAGGGAUUCAAGCAUCAUGUCACGAGCCGCCACCUUGUGCGACCAGUUGGGGAGCGCCACACAAUCAUCCCCACACCCACCAACGAGUACAUUGCACUGAUCAAGGAAUAUCCGUCCCUGUUCGACAACGUCUACAACAUGGACGAGGCGGGUGUGAUGCUCAACAGGAAGAACCACUCCGAGCAGCUCAUCGACCACAAUGAGCAGGUCGUCGACCAUGACACUCGAGGUAACUGUCUAAUGGACUGGCCCUCCAUCACGCAUCAUCAAGGUGAAGACAGUGUCGCUGAACAGGGGAAGGAUGAUCAACCCGCUCAGGGUGAGCUGCAUCGUCUACUUAACUGGCUGCGUGAGAAGUUGGUUGACACAUUCACAGUGAUCUUCGCAAAACCUGCUUGUGCCGGGGUGCCCUUCCAUCUCGGCCUGCAUGGACCAGGUCAAGCGCGAUUUUUCCUCCUGCAACUCAAGGACUGCGAAAAUGAGGCCCUGCGGCAGAAGCUCAGAAAGCAGCAGAAGCGCGAGGAGAAGGAGAUGGAGCAGAAGCGACAGGUCAUUGCUGCUCACUCCAAGUCUGGGACUCAGCGGGAAUGCACCACUCUCAAAGGUCGCGAGGAGGGCCUUCGGCGCCGCAGGGACGUUUGCCAUCUGGACGAUCAAUGGGACUGCGGCGCUGAUGAGGUGCUGCAGCUUGGGGCCCUUGAUUCACGUGGGGUCUCAGGCUUGCUGGGGAUCACCACCACAAGGUCGGAAACUGGGGUCGGGGAUGGUGAAGAGGAAGAGGUAUGCGAGGAUGUCUUUGCCAGACAGGAAGACAGUGUAGCUAGUCCUUGUGGGACGUACUUAGUGCAGUACAUGAAUGAGGCUCAAGUGGCAGGCAAACAUACAACCGUUCGGAACGUGCUCGCACCAAUCUACAAGCCCGGAGCAACAGGCACACCACGAUUUGCGCAGAAGGAGUUUCCUGAUGUGAUUAGAAUUCGAGGGCUGAGGAGGAGUCAGCAUAUGCCCUCUUGCUAA